AUGGUCAUACCAGUCGCCGCCCUCGCCGUGGUGCGGUUCACUGUGGGCUUCACUCCCACCGUCCUCAAGCGUUUUUGCGCCGCCUGGUGCGACCAUGUGCAGGAGAAGUGGCUGGCGCUUGUGGUGGUACUCGUUGAGUGCGUGCUGAGGCUGCGCCUGGCCUACACAAUUGUGUCAACGUCAGCGACAUCUCCGUCGCAGCUCGCAGACGUCUUUGCGCCACCACAGCCUGGAAAGUGUAAACUUGUCAUUCUCAACCACCGCUCUCGCAUUGACUGGCUGGUGAUGUUUCCAUUUUUCGCGCGCGCGGGUGGGCUGCGGACGCUUCGCAUUGUGCUGAAGGACGAGCUUAAGCGCAUUCCCAUAUUUGGAUGGUCUAUGCAGACCUUCCGCUACAUUUUUCUUUCCCGCGACUGGGCCAAUGACGAGGCCACAAUGCGUGGUUUGAUUGCAUACUACCGGGAAAGCGAUGGUGCCACCAUUAUGUUCUUCCCCGAGGGUACAGACCUCUCUGAGAGCAACAUUGAGAAGUCCAACGCCUACGCAGCACGGCACGGCCUGCCAUGCUUCCACCACGUGCUUAACCCCCGUACCACGGGAUUUAUUGCAAUGGCAAACAUGAUUGGUGCGGCAAACCUUGAGAUUAUUGAUGUGACGUUGGGCUACACGGAUUUUGUGCCUGGAGAGCGCCCGGCGGAGGUGUCUGUUGUUAACGGUCGCAUGCCAAAGAAGGUGCACAUACUAUGCACUCGAUACCGCAUGGCUCAGCAGGCAGAGCCUGUGGAUGAGGAGAAGCAAGCGUUGGAUGCGGUGCCUACAGAUGAUGCAGGCCUGCGACUUUGGCUGAACGAUCUUUUUGCCAAAAAGGAGCUUUUGCUUUCGCAGUUUUACGCCAACAAUCCGGUGGGGUUUGAGGCACACCAAGUUCGUGGCGUUUUUGGUGAGCAUUGCGCAGUUUUCACGUACGACGAGGAUGAGGAGGCUCUGCAUCAGCCUGGCAGCACAAAAUUCUUGCGGUUUGUACGUGAUAUGGGACUUUGGCGUAGUUUUGGUGUCAUUUUGCUGUGGUUGCUGCCCGUGCUGUAUUGGGUCUUCUUUGGCGGGCUGUACUCGUUCCUCGUGUACGGGCUGUUUGCAAACCUGUGUAGCUGGGUCACGCGCAACAGGGGCGGACUGAACGAGUGGUUGUUCAUGCAACAACCUAGGACGGAGGCGACGAGGGAGAAGCGCGGACCCUCUAAGAGAGACUAA